AUGACUGAACAGAUGGCUCAGUCCAAGCUGGAAGAGAAGUCCCGGCCCUUUGCUUGUGCUAAGUGCAACAAGAGCUUCACCCGUGCGGAAAACCUCAUGCGACACCGCAAACUGCAUUUGCACCAGAAAUACACCUGUCCCGAAUGCCACAAGGUCUACUCCCGGAGCGACUCGCUCAAUCUUCACACAAGAAAGGUCCACAACUUCACCAGCAAACCCGUCCCCGAUGUCGCCAUCAAAUCGGAAAAGUCUCCCUUGGUUGAUAUUGACUCCGAUAGAGUGCUAAAAUACCUUUUACUGUACUGGAAAAACUUCCAUCCCUCGUUCGCCAUAUUGCAUUGCAGCAGCUACUCGUUGCCAACGGACUACCCGGAAGACUUGUUGGCCAACGUCAUCUGUGCCAUUGGUGCCCGAUACAUGGAAAACGAGCGGUAUGUCUCCAACCAAAUCUUCAACUAUGUGUUCCAGAAAUUGGACCAGUUCCCCAAGUCACCACUGUUGCUGGAAGUACAGGCGAUAUUGUUGGCAUCUUUCACGGGAAUCUACUCGGGUGGAGACCUGUGGUUCACAAAGUCGUUUCUGCUGCACUCUCGCUUGGUCAACUUGGCGAGGGAAAUGUCCAUUUUCCAGUAUAACCCGCUCGACAACUCGGAUCUGGACUGGAUGUCCUUUAUUGAGACCGAGAGCAAUAAGCGGAUCGCCUACGGGUUGUACUUGGUGGACGCCCUCAUGGCCAUUCUCCUCAACUAUCCCCCAUGCUUAUCGCACUACGAGAUCAAACACACUCUCCCAUGCCCCGACGAGGUAUGGGAGGCCGAGACCGCCCAGGAAUGGUUGAAGCUCUCGUCCCGGCUCCCGGCACAACGAGGGCCCCAUUUCUUCGAGGCCCUACAGCAGGUAUUGAUGUUUGGGCAUAUUUCGAGUCCCAUUUCGUCGUUUGGAGGCCUUGCAUCGCUCCUUGCUAUCCACAUCAUGAUCCGAAACAUGGCCCAGUACGCGGGGAUUCUCGAGACCUCGCCCGUGCAUUCUCAGGAUGCGUUUUCCAGAAGAUCCCAGUUGGGGUCAGCUUUGAACGGGCUACGCACAUUGAUUCCUAAGCGAAACCAGACGGGAAAACUCAGUGACAUGUGGGACCUCUUCACCGUCACGUGGAACUUGGCGUAUAUCCAUCUCCACCUCCCCGACACCAUCAUCACCUCUGGAAUUGUGGAAGUGUCCCUCGACGAAACCAUUGCAACCGCAUCUGCUUUGGCCAAACCCCAGUCAAAACCCCCACCAGGAACCGCCUUGUUGAGUAAUGACUUCACCGAUAUACCGUACCAGGUGCUCUCACUAACCAGCAGCCAUGUGUUUUAUUUUCUUUACACGUUCACCACCGAGCUUAACGAAACCUCCCCGGUGUUCACGUUCAUGUUCUACAAAGCAGCCCUAGUGGCGUGGCAGAUCUUGAAUGCAUUCAAGUCCAUCAACCAGAAGUCUAACGAGGAAAUUUUAGACCAGACUGUUAGUCAAUUGACUAAGUCCAAAACGUCAGAGAAGGUAUAUAUGUUAAAACGGCUUACGGAUGAUAUGAUUAAUUGUAUUCAGCCCGAAAACGACCACCCGGUGGUGUUUGAAAAGUGGGUCGAGUCUGUGUUGGCCUCGAAGGACACCUGGGGGGUUGGCAGCUGUGGAGCAGCGUCCUUCGCCCUGAUGAUAGAUGAUCCGCUAUAGAAUCAAUGUACAGUGCUGCGAGGAAAUUUCUCUGUCCGCGCGGGCUUUC